ACAAACCUAGAAAUCUGUCCGCAAUUCGAAAGUAUAUCCUAAAUAAUUCGCCGGAUAAAAUCCAUAUGAAUGAUACAUCCGAGGAAGACACGGAAGAUCUCAUGUCCAAGCUGUCGGUAUAUAAAUUAAUGUCCGGGGGUAAUUAUGGAUGCGAACUCUGUAGUGCCAAAAAUAUUCCAACGAUCGUGGAGAAAAAGGCACUGAUGGUGCGUCAUUUGUUGCGCGCUCAUACACAAUGCCAUAAUUACGAAUGUUCGAGCUGCUCGGUUACGUUCAAGAAGAAGUCUCGGCUAAAGUCUCAUUGCGACACAGAGCAUCGCCAAGCCGACGACAAGAAGCUGUUCGAGUGCGCGAAAUGCGAGCACAGAAGUAAGGACGAAGAUCUUCUGAGGCUCCAUGCAUUGAGAAAGCACGCGUCCGUCUAUAGCUACGUCUGCAAAUGUUGCGCCAAGUGUUUCAAAACGUGGAGGGCAAAAAACGAGCACGAGAAAAUGGAAGAGAGGAGUCGGAAUUCGGGGGAGCCCAAGCCCACUUACGUCUGCGAUAUGUGCAACGAUAUUUUGAAAACGAAGCAAGAGCUCAUUAUACAUCUCAAGGAAAUUCACUCGGAGAAUUUUUAUAAAAAUGGCGUGAAGAUUCUCCGAAACUGCAAGCACUGUAACAAGCUCUUCAUGUCCCGGAACUCCUUGCGCGAGCACUUGCCCAACCACGAGAAGUCCUUCGCGAGCGUCCCGAGAUGGGGCUGCAUCGCCGCUUCCCUCCCGGAGGGCCACGCUUGCGAGAUAUGCGGCAAGCGGCUCUCCAGUAAGGAUCACCUGAAGAAGCACUGGCGCGUUCAUAGCGGCGAGCGGCCCUACGUCUGCCAGGAGUGCGGGCAGGCCUUCGCCCUGCGCACUACUAUGCGCAUCCACGCGCUCUCGCAUCGGGGCGUCAAACCUUACGUUUGUGAGCUUUGCGGGCUCGGCUAUUCCCAGAGGUCGGCGCUUAUGACCCAUUGGAAGAGCAAACACAGGGGAUUGCCUGCGCCCCCUCCGAUCGAGAUACACCAUUACUUUGACAAAGAGGGCAAAGUUAUGGCAUCACAUUAACCAGAAUUACUCUCGGAAGAUACGAGGAUUUUCCUUUUAUUCUACGUGCUUAUUUUUCAAACAAGAACUCUAAAUACAAUAUUUUAAAAAACUCGUGAAAAUGUUUCGUUCGUAGAUUUGUCUAUGUUUCAUACUUUACUUAUCGUUUAUAAUAUUAAAUUCAUUUUAAUUUAUUUUAUAUAUGCGCACCUUUGCACUAAUAAAUUGAUAAAAUAAUUUAUUACGCAAUGAGUGCCAAUAAUUGUUG